AUGGCUUCUUCUUCUUCUUCUUCCACUACUGUUGAAGUGAGGAAGCAUCAUGUAUUCCUCAGUUUCUGUGGCGAGGACACCCGCUCCACUUUUAACGGCACUUUACACGGAAUUUUGAAGCAUCAAAGUAUAAAUGUUUUCAUUGAUGAUGAACUUAACAGAGGAGAGGAGAUUUCGCCAUCUCUUAUGAAUGCAAUCGAAGAAUCAGCGAUUUCAGUUAUUACUUUCUCGAAAGGUUAUGCAUCUUCAAGAUGGUGUCUUGAUGAACUUGUGAAGAUCAUGGAGUGCAAGGAAACGCAUAAACAGGCUGUAAUCCCAGUUUUCUAUCACGUAGAUCCAACCGAUGUAAGGAAUCAAACUGGAACUUUUGGGGAUGGAUUUGCUAAACUUGUAGAAAGUUUUGAUGAGGAGAAGUUAGAGAAGCUACAAAUGACUGAAGAACAAUUUAAAGAUAAGGUGGAGAAAUGGAAGAAGGCUUUGACAAGCGCAGCUAAUCUAUCCGGCCGAACAUCAAAAGUUGAACCGUCUGAUUAUCCUUGUUAUGAAAGUUCUCGAAGAUAUUUUGAACAUCUUAAAGUUCAUGUCCCCAAGGAAAUGUAUAGUGUAGAAUUGGGGAAUGUCUGGUAUAGGCAAGACAACUAUUGCAAAAAACAAAACUUUGGAAGAACCUUGUUGCGCUUGACAUGCCUCAUAGCAAUUGAACAACUUUGGUCUAGUGCCCAGCUUCAUAAAUUGAAACAUAUUGAUCCAGUUUCUCUAAAAUCUAAGAAUUCAAGAUCUCUCGUUGCCCAAAUCUUGAAAAUUGAUUUUAGAGAGUUGUACAAGCAUUGUAAAAGCCUUGGUAGUCUUCCGACAGACAUUCGUCUAGAAUCUCUCGAAAAAGUAAUCUUUUCUGGCUGUUCAAAUCUGAAGAAGUUUCCACAAAUCUCCUGGAAUAUGAAAGAAUUAUAUUUAGAUGAAACUGCAAUAGAGGAGUUGCCGUCGUCAAUAGAGAAUUUAUCCAGACUAGUUAAAUUGAAUCUCAAAGACUGCUUAAUGCUUGAGAGGGUUCCAAGCAAUAUCUGCAAGUUAAGAUCUCUUGAACAUCUCAACUCUAUGGGUGUUCAAAACUUGAAGAGUCAUGUGUGUUCCACCAGGGUUGUGUCUGUUUCCCUGGAUCGGAAAUCCCAGAGUUGCCAGGGUUUGGUGGUUGUCUUCGAGUGCUCGCUCACAAGAGAAGAUAGCACAAUCGAUGUGUUCCACGGAACUUUGAGGGGAUGGGGCUAUGGUAAUGGACCUGACAAUGUGAACUCAGAUCACGUAUUCCUGGGAUAUGAUUCUGCUUUUAGCUUCUCUGGUUCGUACAAUAGAUCAUCACAAUAUCGUGAGAUGACCAUCCGAUUUUAUGUUGAGGAUUUUACUGAAAGAAGGUUGUUGCAACGUGAAAAAGUGUGGAGUUUGUGUGGGCCUUUGGGCGGAAACGGCGGGAUCAUUUGA